UUGUUUAUUUUUAAUUUUUAAUUAGUAUUAACAAUGGUAUCAUGAUUCUUACUCUGAGAUCAUGAUACAAUAAAUAUAAUAUCAUGCAAUGGUAUUAAGUUUGUUUGUGUGGGUGUUUUCUAGGAGCUUGUCGAGCCAGGUCUAAUUAAAAAAAACUCGAUUAAGCACAAUUGUAUAAAAAUUGAUUAGGAGUGCUCUUCAGAGAAAUGCAACGCUCAGCGCUGGAUAUUGUUUUAUGUUAUACUCCUUCAUAUUGGCAGCCUCACCCCUACCAGGAUACAAUAUAUAUUAAAGUAGGUAUUAACAAAAAUACAGAGGAAUAUCGAACUGUAGACAAGAUCAUACACAAUACCUUUAGUAAUGUCGCAAUCGACAGAAUUCAAAGGAUACAACAUCCAUUUGCAUAUGGUAGGUUCCUGAUUCGAAAACAACAGUUGACUUUGAUUAAUAAACGGGAGCAAACAGCAAACAGAGUUAUCCUAUCAAUUACUGAUCAUUCAAAACUUGAUUCCAUACUACACUAUAAUUGUGAUAGUAGACUAGGGGGCUUCAGUCAAGAGCAUCGCCUCCACUCACAUGGCUUUAUCUUAAUAAUAAAAACUUUAAGCCAACUUCCAUGUGAAAGGGACAGCGAUCGUUACCCGGAAUAUUUAAUCGCUUAUAGACAAAUUCAAUGGCCGUCCUCUAACAGGCCUGUUGUAUCAUCUAUCCAACCUACUUCAUCCACUUCACUAAUAAAAGAUAAUAGCAGAUCAUCCCAAUCCACUAUAUCACCUUACAAACACAAUUCGCCAAAAACUGUACAGAGAAUUUACGAUAGUUAUGAAUCUGUUCCGUGGGACUGCGGAUAUUCGAGCAGAGAUAAUUUGGCACCUACAUCAUCCUACGAACACAGUUCGACAAAAAAUGUACAGAGAAUUUACGACAGUUAUGAAUAUAGUUCGUGGAGAUAUUCGAGCAGAGAUAAUUUUGCUCCUACAUCAUCCUCCACACUCAGUUCGAUAAAAAAUGUACAGUCAAAUGACAAAAAUUAUGAAUAUGAUUAUCAAUACGACAAUUUGUCGAGAUAUGACAGUAGAUAUAAUCCUGCAGAAUGGCCAGGGCCAUCUAGUGAUAAUCAUGGACGUAGAUGGCGUUGGUGGUUGUGGAUAGGGGCAGCUCUAAUUGUUGUUUACAUCUACCGGAGGAGAUUGUCAAAAUAAAAUAAUUCUUUAGAUGCUAAUGGAAUAGGUGUAGGGGUACUUGAAAAUGAAAUAGUGACUCUGACCCAUUUCA